UGGCAUAUUAUCCCAUCCGAUCUAUAAAUGAACAUAAAAACUACCGUUUUCCUUCCCCCUUCUACUCCACAUUUCUGUGAACAAACAAAAACACAUCUCUUAAAAAAAAGUGUGCAAUAAAGGAAAUAUGGAGGAACAGAGAUUCGUUAUAGAAGCAUCAGAAGCAAAAUCGAUGGCCCAAUCAUUGGGCUUAACCCUAGCACAACUACUCCCCACCCUCGUCAAAUCGGCCCAACCUCUGGCCCGUGUUCCCAUCUCCAAAUUCCACGUAGCCGCCGUCGGAGUCGGAGUUUCCGGCCGGAUCUUCAUCGGCGUCAACGUCGAAUUCCCAGACCUUCCCUUUCACCACACAAUCCACGCCGAACAGUUCCUCUUAACAAAUCUCUCUCUCAACAAAGAGACACAUCUUCAAUAUUUCGCCGUCUCCGCCGCACCUUGCGGCCAUUGCCGUCAGUUCCUCCAAGAAAUCCGCAACGCCUCCGAUAUUCGACUUCUCAUAACCUCCGAAUCCGAUCCAAAAUUCAAAUCUCUCUCUGAAUUCCUAUCUCAUCCUUUCGGUCCUCACGAUCUUCUUCCUAAACACGCUCCUCUUCUCUUAGAGCCUCGCAACAACGAUUUAUCUUUUCGCGAAAUUGAAACUCAAUCCAACGGUUAUAAUGAAUCUUCGAUUUCGAUUUCGAAGUUGAAGGUAGCGGCUCUGGAAGCUGCGAACGAUUCUCAUGCACCGUACAGUGAAUCUCCUUCUGGUGUUGCUUUGUUGGAUUCACGCGGUAAUGUUUAUAAAGGAUCUUAUAUGGAAUCUGCUGCUUAUAAUCCUAGUGUGGGACCGGUUCAGGCUGCUAUUGUUGCGUUUAUCACCGGUGCCGGAAAUGGUGGCGGAGAGUAUGGGGAAUUGGUGGAAGCGGUGUUGGUGGAGAAAGAUGAUGCGGUGGUGAAACAGGAGCAUACUGCUAAGUUGUUGCUUAGUUCAAUUUCCCCUCACUGUCGUUUCAACAUUUUCCUUUGCAUUUCCAACAAAAAACCCUAAUUCAUAUUUUAUUUAUUUGAGUGGAUCUGUAUCAUUGGGAGUUCUUAUCAUGGAUAUGGUGUAUAAUAUUAAUAAUAUAAUAUGAUAUGAUCCCUUUUUUUAUUAAU